AUGCUAAUCACCUCACAUCUUCAACAUUUGAUUGUACAGUGUUCCGGUAACGUUGGUGGCAUGAAAGUACCGUCGGUAAAGUUAGAAGUGGACGGUGAAUCUAUUUUCCUAAAACGACGCGUCCUCCCAUACGGUCAACGGGAAGGUGUCUUGAAAGCAUUAUAUAAAAUGGAGCAGAAUGGUGUGAUAAGUAAGGUUGAAUCCAGUGCCUGGGCGACCCCGGUCGUCGUGGCGAUAAAAAGUGGUGGUAGGACACCACGGUUCUGUGGAAACUAUCGACUGAUGUUGAAUCCCAGAUUGCGGAGAUGUGCAGCGACCACCAUGGAACCAGAGGAUUUCAUGAAGUCAUUGCAUGGGUGCCAGUAUUUUUCCAAGACCGAGUUGGUGGACGCACACCUACAGAUUCCACUCGAUGUCGAACCCCGCUACUUUACAACAAUCAACACGCCGUGGGGAAUGUACCAGUGCAAUUUUCUCCCAUUCGGAUUGCAUGUGUCGUCUAGCCUCUUUCAAUUGGCAAUAGAGAGCGUAAUCAAAGGACUCGAUGGUGUGCUUGCAUAUCAAGAUGACGUCCUCAUUUUCAGUCUUAAUAAGAAAGAACACGAUGCCCGUCUGACGCAGCUACUGGAACGAUUUCCCUCCAAGAAUGUGGCUAUCAAGCCGUCCAAAUGUGUGUUUGGAGUAAGUGAGUUGGAGUUUCUGGGAUUCCUAGUUGAUUCCCGUGGACACUGUCCCGAUCCGACACGUUUCAAACCAUUGACUAACAUCAAAUCUCCAAAAGAUCAAACGCAUUUGAGAUCGGUGAUGGGAUGCCUACAGUACUUUUCCCGGUUUAUCCCGAACUUUGCUACAAGGGCGCAGCCGCUUUUCCGUGCUCAGUGUUCAAAGGCUUGGGAAUGGCCGAUGGAGUGUGAAGAUAUCUUACGUGGUUUAAUUCGCUGCGGUACUGAUCGUCCUGUUCUAGCCCCGUUUUCACCUUCAAAACCAGCUACGCUCAUCACCGAUGCGUCCGACGUCGGAAUCGGUGCUGUAUUAGAACAAGUCUUGAAGUCUUGA